CGCCUCUUGUUUCGCACGGACUGUUUUGAGAGUACUCGUAAAUAUCAGUAAAGAUGGCGACGCUCACGAAGACGCCACAUGUCGUUGUCCAAGAGGAAAAUGAGGAAGAGUGUGAAGUUUCUGAUGACAGCAUCAGUAAUGAUGAAGAAAGUGGACCAGGAAGUGAUCAGGAGGAAUCUGAUGUAGGAACUGAUGUAGAAGACAGCGAUGAUGAGGAUGGAAAAAGUGAAGAAGAACAGAAUGGAGACGUUGAGGAAAAUCCCAAUGCUGGAUGGGCUGAAGCCAUGGCCAAAAUCUUGGGGAAAAAAACACCAGACAGCAAACCCAGCAUCCUCCUGAAGAACAAACAGCUUGACAAGAUCAAAGAAAAAGAGAAGAAAGAGCGUCUAGAAAAAAAGAAACAGACUGAUAAGAAACGAGCAUGGGAGAAUAUGUGCCGAGAGAAGCCUGAUGUGGUACGCGACAGAGAGCAUGAGAGGAACCUACAGAAAAUUGCUACCAGAGGUGUGGUGCAGUUGUUCAACGCAGUGAAGAAGCAUCAGAAGAGCGUGGAUGACAAGAUAAAGGAAGUUGGAGGUUCAGAGAGAAAGAAGUCCAAAAUUCUGUCCUCAGUGACUAAGAAGGACUUCAUUGAUGUCCUGAGAGGCACAGAAGUGGCUCACAAACCAGCCAUCAAAAAAGAGAAAGCGCAGCCUGUAGAAGUGAAAGAGGAGAACCCAUCCUGGAGCGUGUUGAGGGAUGAUUUCAUGAUGGGCACAUCCAUGAAGGACUGGGAUAAGGAGAGUGAUGAAGAGGGUGAUGGAGGAGGAGAAGACAACCUUGAGCCUGCUGAAGACUACAGCAGUGAAUCGGACUGAGCCAUCACUACUGCACAUGUGCAUUAUUUAGUGCACACAUGCAAGUGCUGUUACAGACCCUGAGAUCUGCCCUGUGUCGAGAGAGAAGAUUCAGUAUUACCAUGAGUUCUCAAAGGGUGGAUCAUGUGGUACUGGAAUAGGAAGAGACUGUAAUGUUUGAUGUUGCCCUGAUUUUGACGCUGUUCAUGUGUGCUGCUGCACAUUCAGCCAAACCUCUGGGCUCCUUUUCUGUAUAUAGUCAUUUAUUUCACAGUGUCUUUUGCUAAAUAAAUCAUUUCGACAUCA